AUGUACUCUAGUUUCUACGGAAGCUGGUGUCCGCUUGCAGGGGAAUGGCUGACCGAGUCUAUGUGGGCGACAUUUGGUGGAACCUUGGGCCAAGAGCCUCGAGACGAGGAGCAGCUUAGACGCAUGUCACUCAAAUUAUGCCGGAACAGCGCGGUUCCUCUGGGCGAUAACCACACAGAUGUGGAAGAGUGGUUUGCAGAGUUUUCCGGGCCAAAGCUUCGAUGGGAGUCUCUUGGGUUGCUCUUUGUUAUUUGGGCUUAUGGCGCUCGCAGACUUCCUGACAAGGCAGUCUUACCUCAGGACUGUAUCGAGCUACAGAACAACCAUGGGAGCUGUCUUGUAAGCCGGUAUAAGAUGGCUGCUUGGAAGUGUAUUGAGCUCAGCCGUGACGCUUCCAACAGCAAUACGUUAUUGGCUUUUGUUGUCUUUGGACACUGCUUGCUGGAGUCGAAUGUGUCAGGAGAUGCAGGCAUGCAAUACUGGAGAGCGCACGGAGAUCUCAUGGCUUUGACAACCUACUUGGGUCUCCAUGUCUCGCCAAACGCCGAUUCAAUGGACUGGACCGUAACAACACAAAUCAGGCGCCGGCUAUUCGCAGCCAUCUUCGCACAUGACAAGGUAACGGCCACAUUCACCGGAAGACCCAUGUUCCUCGGCAGGAAAUUCUCGUCAACACCGCUGCCUCUCGAUAUGAGCGAUGAAUUGUUACUGUCAAAGCCUCCACUGACUAGGCGUGAAGACUGUCGCGUGGAUGAGAACGGAUGGAAUAUCGAUGGCAAGAUCUAUAUGACGACGACUCUCCGCGCAAGGGCUAUGCUGUCGUAUGUGAGAGAUGAGAUUCUGGAAAUUGCUCUUCAGGGCAUGGAUUUUGGUGGAAAGAUGGCACUUCUCAACCUGAAAUGGCGAGAAAUGCAAAUAGUCGACGGCUUUCCACCUUGUUUGAUAUAUCACCCCGAGGAUAUCCACAACCCAGACAUCCCCGGAAGAGAAGUCUACGGCAAAGUCCUCAUCUGGCUGGAACACCUCCAAAACCUCUUCUUCAUCGAGCGCCUCCUCAGCAAAGAAGACGACGCGUGCGAAGGAAACGAAACGCGGCUCUUCGAAAUCAGCAUCGAAAUGGUGACGCUGGCUCAUCUCUUCUGGACACAUCAGAACCGCCUCAAAACCGCCCAAGACUGCGUCGAAUGGAACGUUGUCUCCUUUGCCGCCCCAGCAGGCGGAGUACUCUGCAUGGAGCUAUUGAGAGGCACAACGCGCGGCACCAUGAGUCCAGUCGCUACAAAGGCUGUCAUUGUGGAGAAGCUGGGAAUGUUGGCUUCGUUCCUGGACUGGGUUGGCCCUAUUUCGCCAAAUGCAGAUAUUUGCUUUAGAGUGAAGAAGGUUGUGAGGCGAGUGCUGGAGCAGGCGUUGGAGGCGCCGGUGCAGACGAAUAUGUUGGAUGAAGGAGGGCAUUGGAAUAUGGACGUUUCAGCGGAUUUCAGCACGUUUUUUAAUCUUGAUUUGUUGGAUACAUUUGAGUGGCUGAGGCCAGAGGGAGCAUGA